AUGGGAGAGGAACCCAGAAGAGGAGGAGAGAAGAAUUGCUGGGCUUCUAAAGUCAUGGCGGGCUUGAAGUUCAAAGAUGUUGUCAUUUACUUCUCUCAAAAGGAGUGGGAAUGCUUGUUCUCUACUCAGAAGGAUUUAUACCGAGAUGUAAUGUUGGAAAAUUACAAUAACCUGAUCUCACUGGGACUUUCUGACACUAAGCCAAGUGUGAUCUCCUUAUUGGAGCAGGGGAAAGAGCCCUGGCUGGGUAAGAGGAAGGAGACAAAAGAAUGGUGUCCAGACUGGGAGUCUGGAGGAGAAACCAAGAAUUUAUCUCCAAAAGAGGGUAGUUAUGAAAUUAAAUCAUUACAGCAGGAGAUGGUCCGAAAUAACAGAAAAAUCAAACACCCAGUGGAGAGACAACAAGGGCAUCAGGAGGGACAUUUCAGACAAGCUGUAAUAACCUCUGAAGAAAGGUCCACAUCUAUUCAGUGCACAGCCCGUAGAGAAGAUCAGAGAAAUGAUACUGGAAAGAAAUCCUGUGACUGUAAGAAAUGUAAGAACACUUUCAGGUGCCAGUCACAUCCUAUUCAACAUGAAGGAAUUCAUAAUGAGGAAAAGGAUUCUGAAUGUGGAGAAUGUGGGAAAAUCUUUAAUAGUAGAUCAGACUUGAUUAAGCAUCAGAGACAUCAUGAAAGCAAAAACUGUAAUGAAAAUAAGAAAUGUGCCUUUAUUCAUGACUCUGGAAUUACUCAACCUCAGAGCAUUAAUACUGUUGAGAAACUUCAUGACUGUAAGGAAUGUGGGAAGGCCUUUCAUUCUAGUUCACAACUUAGUCAACAUCAAAGGAUGCAUAUAGGUGAGAAACCCUAUAAAUGUAAGGAGUGUGGGAAAGCUUUUCCGUCUACCACACAACUUAAUCUACAUCAGAGAAUUCACAGCGAUAAGAAAUACUAUGAGUGCAAGGAAUGUGGGAAGGCCUUUACCCGUCCCUCACACCUUUUCCGACAUCAGAGAAUCCAUACUGGUGAGAAACCCCAUAAAUGUAAGGAAUGUGGGAAAGCUUUUCGUUAUGACACACAACUUAGUCUUCAUCAGAUAAUUCAUACUGGUGAAAGACGCUAUGAAUGUAAGGAAUGUGGGAAGGUAUAUAGUUGUGCCUCACAGCUGAGUCUACAUCAAAGAAUUCAUACUGGUGAGAAACCCCAUAAAUGUAAGGAAUGUGGGAAAGCUUUUAUCUCCGAUUCACAUCUUAUUCGACAUCAGAGUGUUCAUACAGGUGAGAAGCCCUAUAAGUGUAAGGAAUGUGGGAAGUCCUUUCGUCGUGGAUCAGAACUGACUCGACAUCAGAGAGCUCAUGCUGGGGAGAAACCCUACGAAUGUAAGGAAUGUGGAAAGGCCUUUACUUGUAGCACAGAACUUGUUCGACAUCAAAAAGUUCACACUGGUGAGAGACCCCAUAAGUGUAAGGAAUGUGGGAAGGCUUUUAUCCGAAGGUCAGAACUUACUCAUCAUGAGAGAAGUCAUAGUGGUGAAAAACCCUAUGAGUGUAAGGAAUGUGGGAAGGCCUUUGGUCGUGGCUCAGAACUUAGUCGACACCAGAAAAUUCACACUGGUGAGAAACCCUAUAAAUGUAAGCAAUGUGGGAAGGCCUUUAUUCGUGGCUCACAUCUUAGUCAACAUCAAAGAGUUCAUACAGGACAGAGGAGUGAAUAA